UGUGUUGUUUUUUGCUUCUGCUCGGACGUAGUAACGGCCACGGAGCGCGGAUGAAACUCGAAUUACUAAAAAAGAACUAGAGUACAAAAGUCGCCGUGACAAUAAAUCGUAAAAUGUGUCUUCAAUAGUUUAUGCAUUUAUUUAAUUCAUAAAUUUUAAGUUCAUCGCUCAAGUCUUGCGGACUCGCUCUCUAACUGUGUGUGCGCCCGCCUUCCCCCUUCAGUCAAAGUGACCCCAAAAAUCAGCUGCCUACUUCCUACGCAAGUACACUUUCACUUCCAACAACAACAACAAGAGCAACGACAAAAUCUACAACGAAGGAAACAUACUAGCCCCAAAAUAAUUGAGAGAAUUGUUUAAUAUAGUUAACAAAAACUUGAAGAAUGUCCAUCCAAGACAAGGUUAUACGAGUCGGUUCUCGUAAAAGCGAGUUGGCUCUUAUACAAACGAAGCAUGUGAUUGGAAGACUACAGAAAUUGUAUCCCAAGCAGAAAUUUGAGAUUCAUACUAUGUCCACCUUUGGGGAUCGUGUAUUAAACAUUUCGCUGCCCAAAAUCGGGGAGAAGAGUCUGUUCACCCGUGAUCUGGAGGAUGCCUUGCGUAAUGGUGGUGUUGACUUUGUGGUGCAUUCCCUUAAGGAUUUACCGACUGCUCUACCCACGGGCAUGGCCAUUGGAGCCGUAUUGGAACGUGAGGAUGCCCGUGAUGCUUUGGUGUUACGUGAAAAUUUCAAAGGACAUUCUAUUGCCACUUUACCCAAGGGUAGUGUAAUUGGAACUUCAUCAUUACGCCGGACAGCUCAAAUACGGCGUCAGUAUCCACAUCUGGUAGUGUGCGAUAUUCGUGGCAAUCUUAAUACUCGGCUGGCCAAGUUGGAUGCCGCUGAUUCCAAGUUCGCUGGCAUUAUUUUGGCUCAAGCUGGCCUCGUGCGCAUGGGUUGGAUGAGUCGCAUUAGCCAAGUGCUGGAGCCCACGGAUCUGCUCUAUGCGGUGGGUCAGGGUGCCUUAGCUGUUGAAUGUCGUGCCAAUGAUGGACCAGUGCUCGACAUGCUACAGAAACUAUUGUGCCUGAAUACCACAUGCCGAAUUUUGGCUGAGCGAAGUUUCCUCAAGACUCUGGGUGGCGGUUGCUCCGCUCCAGUGGCUGUUUGGAGUAACCUUAAGGGCGAACCCAUGACGGCGAAUAGCCAGGAUGUGGGUCUCUCACUAACUGGCGCUGUCUGGAGUCUGGAUGGGGCUAUCGAGAUAAGAGAACAUUUGGCUUGUGCCUUAAGCGAAAAGGAUAAUAAUGUAGAAGAGCAGCAGCAGCAGCAGAGAAAACGUGGCCCGGGUGGGCAGGAUGUGCAAGUGGAGGUAGAAGAGUCCAAUAGCAACAGUCUAGACUCGCCGCCUGCCACAAAGCGGGCCAGAAAUGGCAACUACACGCCACCAGGCUCCAAUUCGAGCUCCAAUGAGAGCAGCCCUCGACAACGUGGCAGUCCUCCAGUUAUAUGUGAGGAUGGGAUUACUCCUGAAGCUGUUUCAAACUUUAGCAUGGAACAGUUAUUGGAGCGUCACAUCGAUUUGGCUCGUCAGUGUCCCGUUGUUGGUCUGGCAGGCGACAACAACAAUCCUCAUGAAGGUGCUGGCGGAGAUGGAGGCGGUGAUGCCGACACGACCAACGCCAAUGCCAAUGCACAACCUCCACACUGUCCACUUCAGAUGACUGUCGGUCAGGACUUUAUGGGCGAGUGUCCAUUUGUCAAUAACGAGACGAAAGUUUCAUUCGCCAAAGUUGGCAAAUGCCCAGUGACUCACACGGGGAUAGAUACAGGAGCUGCUGCUGCUGCUGUAUCCGAGCUGCCCACUCCGCCCAGUAGUCGGGCAAGCAUUGGUAGCAGCAUUGGCGAUGAACCCGACAAUGUGGCCACUUCAUCGAAAUGUCCAUUCGCUUCCAUGCAUAAGGGCAGCGGACUUGAGAUGCCACCACACAAUAAUAAUUCCGGUAAUGGUGCUUCUGCUGCCGCCACUGCCAAGUGUCCUUUUCUCCAAAAGACAGUCAAAAUGUUCGACUAUGCCGAUGAGGAGCAGCCUAAGCCCCAGAAAUUGCCGGUGCUAAUCGAAGAUGUGGACAAUCUUUUCUGUGGCCUUUAUCAACAUGCCUGUUACAGUCGAGAGAUCUACGCAAAAUCCUAUCAAUUGGGCAAAUCUCUUGCCGAUCAACUGAUCAAUAAGGGAGCUCUAGAUGUUAUGAAGGUGGCGCAGGCGGAGAUUCAUGACAAAACGGUUGCCUGAGAGCCGCUAAUCAUCAUUAUUAUUCCCAUUAAUUAUCAUCAUUAUCUAUAUCCAGAUAUACGAUUAAGUAGAAAAGUUAAACUUUUUAUCGUUUUUUUCCUUGUUGUUGAUCAAAUUUAGAGAAAGGAAGAGAGAGAAAGGUAUAUAUAGAGACUUCCCUCUCUCAAGUAGUUAAAUUCAUGUCUAUAUGUUAGAUCCCACUCGACCCCACAUCCUCAUCCAUUGUUAACGGUUUACUUUUUUUAAACUAUUUUUUUUUUUUAGUUUUUGCUUUCGGAAGAGUUUAUAAAGAAUAUAUAAGAAAAUGUGUAUAGUAAA